UAUGGCUUGUUGGUUUCCCGUAUCAAUCCUUGGUCUUAUAUCAAUGAACAACAAUAUUGUUCUUGAGAAAUCAUUAUAUCGUUGGAUUGCCCUAUUUCUUAUUCCGUUAAAUAGCGUCUUAAAUCCAUUAUUUUAUUCUGGUGGUGAAAUUUUAGCAAUAGUAAAGCGUCUAAAACUUAAAGGAGAAACCCAUUUGAGACAAGCUUUAGAAGAUCUUCGUAAGACUCAAAAGGACAAUUAUACUCUAUUCUUUAAAAGUUCUAAUAAAAAAAAGAUAAUAUUUGAUAAUUGCCCAUUCAAAAAGUGGCAAUUUACAACCGUCAAACGCCAUAUUGGAAUUGUCAAUGUUCUUGCCAUAUUUAAAGAUCUGGCAAUCGCUUUGGAUUUAAUACAUGGCUUUAAUUUUAUGAUUGAUAAAAAUGAUAAUAAAUGUAUUGUUUAUAGAGAAAUGAAUAAAAAGAUUUCGUGCUCCAUUUUAUUGAAGAAUACCGUAUUUGCGAAAAAUGAAAAGGAUAUGAAGAAAGAUAUUAUGAUUGUUGCAGAACUAGUUGAAAAUCUUUUAAAAUCUCGAAAUAAAGCUGAAUAA